GCGAUACGGAACCAUGUGUGACAACCAGCAGGAGUACAGGUGACAAGUGCAGAAUGUUAGAGCAACGUAACCAGACAUCCUUGAGGACUUGCGAAAUAGCCAAUUGGGAUAUUGUGACAAAAACCGAAACUGCGAAACUGUCAAGAAACUGGCGUAAUUUAAAUAUAGUGUACAAAUUGUGUGUGUGGGUUUCUUUUGCAAAGAAACCGCGAAUUUGAUGUGCAAAUUUAAACAGAAUAAUAUUACCAGCCCUGCAGAAUAUUCUAUGCGUUUAAAAAGACAGUUUGAAUAGUGGACUCCGAAUAUUUAUGAAGAAUUCAUACGGAGAAACAGAAACGAUGGUACUUUGUCAUUAUUUAAAUGUGUUUGCAGCAUUCAAAGUGGAGAUCUGUAUGAAGUUACACUAUUGAAAGUUCUAGAAAAAUACCGCAGCUUUGAAUGUGAUUUUAUACUCAGAAAUUGCAUAAUUCCGCAACAGUCAUACAAAAAUCGCAUUGUUGUGCAGAAUUCUGAACUGUGAUGUGAGUUUGUAACCAAGAAUCUGCAUCUGACGUGUGGAGUGUUUUGUCAGAACUCUGACUUCAGUAAAAUUGAAAUUUCAGUUUCUACUAGUGUAGAACGAAGAUUUUUGUGAAGGAUGCAAGGUAAAUGUUAUCGUAGGCAGUACAAAUACUGACCUAAAUGUUAUAUUUCAUUAUGAAACACACAACGCAAAGGCACUUUCACGUUUUGUAAACAAAGAGUGACACGAUGCCCUGGAAAUGCCGUCAGUCAAGAUGAUGUCCAAGAAGCAGUGGCUCGCGCUGCUGACACUUUUCAUUCUGUACCUCUUGCUGGGGGCCGCACUUUUCCACCACAUCGAGAGCAACCUGGAGGUGGAACGGCGCGUCACAGAGCGCAAGGAACGUCUCGAAAUACAAGCCCUACUAACUACCAACUACGCAGUGGACUCCGACAGUUCCCAAGCCCACAUCUUGCAGAAGCUGUCCGAGUACUGCGGGCGGCCUAUGCUCGUGCCUCAUAACAGCAGCGAUGUGGAGGACUUCGAGCCGUUCUUAUGGGAUUUCUACAAUUCUGUGUUCUUCGUCCUCACCGUCGUGAGUACGAUAGGUUAUGGGAAUUUGGUGCCAUCAUCCUCUUUGGGCCGUUUGCUCAUGAUCGGUUAUGCCCUUAUCGGCAUCCCGAUUAACGGCAUUUUGCUCGCCACCCUGGCUGAGUUCUUCAGUACCGCGCUGGUCCGAGUGCACAUGCGCUACAAGACGAAACCCUUUGAGACGCGCGCUGGCAUGGUGGCAGAUAUCAUUCUCUACCUGAUCCCUGGGUUUGUCAUCUUCAUCUUUCUUCCAACUGGUGUCUUCAUGCACUUCGAAGGCUGGACCUUCGUCGAGAGCUUAUACUACGCCUUUGUCACACUCAGCACGAUAGGCUUCGGCGACUUCGUAGCAGGUCAGACGGACAAGCACAGGGACAGCGAGGCCUUGUACCUGCUAUACAAAGUGAUGUUAUUGGUGUGGAUUGUCUUCGGGCUCGGGUACCUCGUCAUGAUCCUGGGUUUCAUCACGAGCGCAAUGCAAUCGAAGAAGAUGGCGCGUAUCGAACGGAAGUUAGCCAACAACAUUAAGCAAACACAUUCCAAGCUCUGGAACACAUUCACGCGUGACGUCAGCUACCUGCGUCGCGUGCUCAACGAGAUGUACGUCAUGACGCUCAAGCCGGUUUACAAAGACGAGGAGGAGGCCGGCUACACCAUACGCACGCGCAGUAGCAGCGAACCGAUGCUAUAUGAUCUGUCGUCGCAAGACGAUGAGCUUGCCCCCUGGUGCGGAGUGUGGAGGCGGCGCGCCAACUCGGAGACGGCGGCAGCGGCCCCGCGCUUGCAACGCGUGUUGUCCGAAUCAGAUCUGGGAAGAAUCGACAGGGACGCUACAUUCAAGUCGGCCGCGGCCUUGAUGCAGCCGGGCGAGCUGCUGGCCCACGUGGUUAAUGCCCUGGGCGAGGAAGAGCAGGGCAUCCAGGGCUUCAGCGACGCGGAGAUCCUUGCGAGUGAGGAACCUUAUACUACAUGGAAUAUAGGUGGGGAUCCUAUCCCUAAACAAAGAGGGCGCGCUGCCAGCGAGGUUCGCAUUCCCAUGAGGGAGCAGCAGGACGACGCGGAGUGGACGUGGUCAGGCGACGAGCCGUCGCGACGCGUGCACGAGCUGUUCCGAGCCGGGCACAAAGGCCUGGUGCCACCUGACCACACGACCCGCAGACCCUCCAUCUUUCAGCUAGCGGCCGCCCGAAUCAAACAGCCACUGAAGAAACGACACAAAGCCAAGAGCAUAGGCGACCUUUUCAGAGCUCCGGAAUGCCCAUAUGUCUCGCACUCGAAUAUGCACCCAGCCCUCGAGGAGACUUCGCUAGCCGACUUCCUUCGAGCCGUCAGCUCGCUGCAAUCGCGAGUGGCGAAGCCUCCCGACACGGCACCGCCCCGCCGUAAGGCAGGAACCGCCGGCCUAACACCUCCAGGAUCGCUAGUGUCUCUUUUCACACCCCUCUCGACAGAACGACGCAUGUCGUUACGCCCGGCACCUGUAACGCGGCUGAACAACGCCGCCUCACGACGCGCCUCCCUAGCGUCCCUAUUCACGCCCCCAGCAAUGAACCGGCGCAUGUCGCUGCAUCCCGCCACCUCGUCGUGGUUGAACCACGCCACGUCGCGACGUGCGUCUCUGGCGUUACCGCCCACCACUCCAGCUAUGAACCGGCGAAUGUCGUUGCGCCCCGCCCCUGCGUCGCGUCUGAACAACGUCUCAUCGCGACGUGCGUCUCUACACCCAUCAACUAGACGCUUUUCGGUGCGCCCUGCCACCAGUACGCUGCCGCCAUCGUCCUCUCCGCCUGCAGGCCCGGUAAUUCAACUCAUGGCACCGCACCUGUUCUCGAGACAGACAAGCGAACCGAAGUAUGGGAACCGCGUUAGCAGCAUGACGGACCAGAAGUAAAUUGGCACCACAAGAUGGCAGAAACCUCUAUGGUGGCAUAACGUACACAGUCGCCUGUUGCAGUCCUAAAUAUGCAAAAUCCUUCAACGAUUAAUGGUCAGGGAGACACCAAUUCUUAGUCUUACAUAGACAGUUUGUCGAUGAAGCCUUCCCUUACAAAUCCUGUUAGGUAGUUUCAUGUUCCUACAGUAAACAUGACAAGACUUAUAUCUAAAACAGAUAAGCUGUACCUCCCUGUCAAAGGAUGUUGCGGUAUGAUCUCCAUCAUCCACGACAGAGGCUACUGUCAUUCUAGAACAAAGAUGAUACUCAUUUAACAUAGAAAACAAUAACGGCAUAGCUUUGCAAAACGUUUUGGGUACAUACCACUUUUAGUCCUGGGAAAGUAUUGCACCCAGAAAAGCAUUUAUAUAAUAGAAAAGAUGGAAAAAGAAAGGAAAUAAAAUAGCAGCACAUUUUGUGCUUCCAGGUUCAUAUCGAGAUUAAAAUUCUUUAUUUCUACUUCUAGGACUGAUAGAAGUUUUAAGGUUCUUUGAAGUGUACAGUAAAGUUUGUGUAUUCUCAGCACACAACUCAAUAGAUAGCAGAUAGCUAGACAAGCAAAUCACCUGGAGAAAUACCUGCAGAAAAAAGAUGAAUGAUUUUGGUGGCGAAGAUCCAUGAAAAGUCAACACUUGAAAGUCCAAACAGUUCAGAGUGCAUUCCUAGAAAAGUAUUAUCGUAAUGAUGUGGGCUGAACACAUGGCGUCUAACUGGAAGCUAAUUGGCAGAGUGCUGCAUGAAGCAAAGGACAUAAGAGUACGUAUAAUGAAUAGUUUCUGUCUGUCGAUCUGAAUACUUCAACUCCGAAACUAUAUGAAAGACUUAAAUAAAAUUAUGCUAUGGAUGAGUUAACAUUAAAACUGCCGUAUGAAUUCACAUCUCAUUUGUAUCGGCCAAAUGAAUCCCGACUUUUACACAACCAAAAAUCAGCGUUGUCAGCCUGCUUCUAAAAAUGAGCAGUCAUGCAAAUAGGCCCAAUUAUCACAUGCCACACAAAGCUUAUAAACUGAUAAAAAAUAGCUAUCCACUACUUUUCGUAUGUAUUUAGACAUCAUCUUGCACAAUGAGGUUAAGAUAGAUUUUGUUGUUGGUGGGCGUGGCUUGCUCCGGCCCCAAAAUUCCACCUCGCGAGUUUGACGUUAUCACGCAUCCGAAGUACAACAAAUUAACAUUGACAGGUCAUGUUUUUCAUCUACUUGGACAUGGCAUAACAUCCAUACAACAUUUCAAUAACAUACGUCCAUCCACUCUCAUGUUACGAAAUUCGUACCUAAUGACGUUACACGUGAUUGUGGUGGCAACCCUGAUUUACGUCAAGUUGGGUCAGGUGAGAUUAGGGGGUCAUCUGCCCAAACGGUGAUGCGCAUUUGAUCGUACUAUUGCUUCACUGCAUAAGCGAGGCAUGUCGUUGGCACUACUGAAUUUUGAAGUUCAGCGGAAAUUAUAACAUUGGAAGAUUUGCUUAUUGAAUAUUUUCCAUUCUCUUUACUUCUAUAUCGAAUACUAGUAAUAAAAACAUAAGUCAGGCUUAUUUAAUGGGUGCACAUAAGGCGAUGUCAAGGCAUCAGGAUUUGUUAAACUACGUCAGUUUCAAAUGAAGACAGGUAACUUGUGGUCUGUCAGUGGAAUCAUAAAAAUUAAUGUCAUACACAGUGAAAUUUAUUCGAAUAAACAUCUAAUUUAUUUA